GAAAUAAACCACUGUGGAAUAAAUUUUCCUUUAUUUCAGCAGUGCUGAAAUAUAGCUGUCACGCGCGGCGAAGAAUGUUCAUAUUACUCGGAAUCAACUAUAAAGUAAUCAUUUUUAGUAAAAUCGAAUCAGAUUCAACAAAACAAACAAUUUGAUACCAAGAUGUAAUAUAGUUUUAUCACAUAAUGCAACUCAAAAAGCAAAUAAACAUUAUUUACAAAUAUUAAGUGCGCGUACUCGUGACGUCAUUAUUAACACGUCAUACGACACAAUGCAUGUAGUUUCACGCUAAAGAUGCAGUUGUUUAGUGUCUCUUUUUUUCAUUAUUUCUUAAAAAUCGGGGACCUGGAGGUAUAAUAAACGAAAAAACAGUGCACAUGAUGGCCUAUGGCAGCCCCCACACCAGUGUUAGAGGUCAUGAGGGUCAAGGCAAAGUUAUGGAGCUGAUGUAUGAAAUGGAGAUGGCAGCAGAAGACAUCCUGACUGAUAAGCAGCAGAUUAUUGACCUUGACAGAAAGCGACAGAAGACAAGAGAGGCCAUAAGAGUGUUAUCCAAAGACCACAAAAGUGACAAGCACUGGGUCUGUGUUGGAAACAUGUUCCUGAAACUUCCGGCAGCAAGAACAAAGACUGUUCUUAAUGAAGAUUUCAACAAGCUUGAUGGAGAAAUCAACUCAUUACGCACCAAUCUCAAACAAAAAGUGAACAAACUGCGAGACCUAGAAAUGAAGGAGGACAUUAAGGGCUUUAACCUGACACCUCUCAGCAAGUCUGACCUCCAACACAUAGACAACUACUUCUGAAGUGACUAGCAGGGCUGUGAUGGUGUGUCUGGAAGAUGCCUAUUGAGGGGUUAAACUUAAGAAACCGUAUCUACUCAAGUGACAAAGCCUAUGAUGACACUGCUGGUGUGUCUGGAAGGCGUCUAUUCUGUUAUUGCUCAAUAAACUAUUGUUUCUGCUGAAGUGACACUGUAUGAAUAGGAAAGUCCUUCAUGAAUAUUGGUGCACAAAAAGCAUCCAUCCAUAAACUGUUAUGCAAUGAAAUUGAUUAAAAGUUGUAAUAUUAUACCUGAACUUGACAAAAAUGUGUUUUGAUUCCCAUUAAGUAAAAAUAUAAACUAAAUAUUAAAAUUUACUUUUUUUGCAUUUUAUAAAUUCAGCUUAGACAUAUUUUCUUAGAAUGCUUACAUAAUCUUUUUGUGUUGAGUUGCAGAGAAUAUUAGAUAUUGUGCUCGAUCCUCACUUCAGAAGUAUUUCAUAAGGACACCAAGUACUGGUUAUUCCUAGGCCAUGGACUCAAGAGGGUCUUGAUAAGCCUUUGUCUGUCUGUCAAAUCCAGCUGAAAUAAAUCUGGUUACAAA